UAUGUAUUUCAAAAUUUCGACCGUUGGAAUCGCAACGUUAAUGCUACAUUGCUACCGCUGUCAAUCGCGCAACCCAAGUCGACUCACUUAAAAAACUGACCGUUUAUCUCCUCCUCUGUUUCGCUCUCUUCACCCGUCCUGGUCGCGUUACCCUCUCUCCCCACCUUCUCUCCCUCACUGUAAAUUGUUCCAAGGAAUUCUAGGUUACGAACAACUGAUCCAACUCAAAUCUGUUGCAAUGGAUGACUGCAAUACGAUGAUUGAUGAGACUUACGAGUUUUCUGCGCCUAGGUAUUUCGAUUUCAUCAACGGCGAAUCGGAAGAAGAGAAGGGAAAAGCAGAGCUCUGGUUCGAGUCUGCUCUCAGCUAUGCUCCCUCGCCUUUCAUGCCAAGAAUCAAGACUGGAAGAUCUGUUCACAUUGAAGCCCUAUGCAACUUCAGCGAUGCGGAACAAAUGCAGAAGGCUACAGGAUCCUCAGAAACCUCGACUGCCUCCCAUACAACGGCACCAGCAGACAAUAGUUCAAGACUUGAGUCCGAGCUGGUCUCAUUGGAAACAACAAAGGAAGAAGAAAAGAGAACGACUCCCAUUGAAGAGGUUUCUCUUUCUAAGAAGUCAUCCGAAGAUCUAUGCAUUCAACAGAAAGAAAGUGUUUUGGCCGCUAAUAGUAAGUCUUCAAUUGUGGAGACUGGGAAAGCUAGUGUGGAGGCUACUUCCUCUGAGGUCCCUGUCAUUCCAAGUAGGUGUCACAAUUCAGGUACAGAAACUUGUACACCCAAACCGCAGAUAAUCUCCAGAAAGGAAGAAACAGCAACUACUAAUUCAAUGAAGAACCAGAAAGCUAAGAAGAUAGCUAGUCUAGUCAAAAACCCAUCUGCUCUAAAGCCCAAAAAUCGUUGUGAAUUGUCCAAAGCAAAGAGUGGAAAACCAGCGAGUAGUGAAAGUUUGAAAACUGCAAAGAACACAGUUGCAGCUCCAGAUUUUGCACAAGAAAACCAAGCAAUUAAGAGACAGAAGCUUGAUGGUGGCAGAACAAGACAGAUUCUGAAUAUCAAAACCCACAAUUUACCCCACAAGUCAAAACCUGCUGCGAAUGGUGGUGGUAUCAAUUUCCUCUCUUCAACUACGAAGACUUGCAAGGAGGACAGAAAGGUUUAUGUUCGAGAACCAGCUGCUCCAUUCGUUUCAAUGGCAGAAAUGGUUAAGAAGUUUGAGUCCAAGACUAGAGGGAUAGAUCUGACCCAUGGCAACAACUCUCUCUCACAUGACGAUGCUGCUUCAAUUACACAGAGGAAGCCAAGACUUACUCUCACAAGGCCCAAGGAACCUGAAUUCGAAACAGCAAAUCGCCUUCGUCCUCUCAGGGUGAAGAGCACUGCUGAACUUGAAGAGGAGAUGAUGGCAAAAAUCCCAAAGUUCAAGGCCCGACCAGUAAACAAGAAGAUUUUGGAAGCUUCGACCCUGCCUGCAUUGCCAAGAAGCAUCCCCCAGCAACCAGAAUUUCAGGAAUUUCAUUUAAAGACAUUGGAGAGGGCAAACCAGCAUGCUGAAACAUCAUCAGUUGUUUCUGAAUCCUCUUGUCAGAAUCAAGGGAAGCCGUAUAACAAGUUAACUGAACCUAAAACACCUCGUCUCGAGACCUUACUCCGAGCUCGUCCACCCAAGAUUAAGAGUUCACAGGAAUUAGAGCUAGAGGAGCUUGAGAAGAUGCCCAAAUUUAAAGCUCGGCCACUUAACAAGAAGAUAUUUGAGAGCAAAGGGGAACUAGGAAUGUUCUGCAAUACAAAACGCAAUGUCACAAGGCCUCAAGAGUUUCAUUUUGCCACGGAUGAAAGGAUUCCACCUCAAACUUCAGUGGUAGACCUGUUUGACAAGCUUUCUUUGAAUUCAGAACCUCGUAAUGAGUAUUAUCAAAUGCGGAGGGUCACCACGCCAAAUCCUUUCCAUCUUCACACAGAAGAACGGGGAGAAGAGAAAGAGAAGAAAUUUUUACUGGAAGUGUUACAGAAACAGUGGGAGGAGGAGAGAGCAAGGGUUCCGAAGGCUACUCCAUAUCCUUACACAACAGACUAUCCAGUGGUACCACCAAAGCCUGAGCGUAAAAAAUGCACACAGCCAGAACCUUUCCAAUUGGAGAGUCUUGUGAGGCAUGAAGAAGAAGUGCAGAGGGAAUUGGAAGAAAGGCAGAGAAUGGAGAAGGAAGAGGCCCAAAUGAGAGUCUUCAAGGCACAACCAGUCAUGAAAGAUGACCCGAUUCCAGUUCCUGAGAAGGCAAGAAAACCCCUCACACAGGUUCAGGAGUUUGAACUCCAAGUUGAUCACCGGGUCAUAGAAAGAUCAGAGUUUGAUAAAAAGAUUAAGGAGAAGGAAAUGACGUACAAGAGGUACAGGGAAGAGCACGAAGCUGCUAAGAUGAUGGAGGAAGAGAAGGCACUGAAACAGAUGAGGAGGACAAUGGUUCCUCAUGCAAGACCGCUUCCCAAUUUCAACAACCCCUUCCUUCCACAGAAGUCAUCUAAGGAGACAACAAAGGCUAAAUCCCCUAAGCUGCGUGUUAUCCAGAGAAAAGAGAGGAAGAGGAUGAUGAUGGUCAAUGGUGCUAUAUCAAGUGCAGCUUCAAAUAUGAGAUGAUAUCAAGAAAAACUGUAUAAACUAAGCUGUUCAAGCUCUCUUGAACCCCACAAUUGGAGUUGUUAUACUAUAGUAGUGAUUCAUAUUGUUAGUCAUUAAUAAAUGUGAGUUCAUAUAUUCUUUGGCCCA